AUGUCCACAGACACAUCUCAAACUCAAGAGGCUUUAACUAAAAUUGAUAAUUACGUUUCUUUGGGUUGGAGUGGAUUAAAAGUAUCUCCAUUAUGCCUUGGGACUAUGACAUUCGGACAGCAAGAAAAAAAGGAUGAUGAUAUUUUGAUGUCUAAGAAAGUGUUCGACAAAUAUUAUGAACUUGGUGGAAACUUUUUUGAUGCAUCUAAUUUUGGAACUGGCGAAAGCGAACGUAUAUUAGGUCAAUAUAUAGCAGAUAAACGAUCAAGAGUCAUAAUUUCCACAAAAUAUACGACUCAUCCGAAUGUUCAAGAUACAAUGGAUCCUAAUUUAGGUGAUCCGAACCGAAAAAGUCUCGUGGAAAAUCUUAAUGCUAGUUUGGAGCGACUAGGAGUUGGAUAUAUCGAUAUUUUGUAUACUCAUAUUGAUUACCGUAACAACAUCGAAAACAUACUUAAAGGAUUGGAUGAUGUGAUUCGAAGUGGCAAAGCGUUAUACAUUGCAAUAACUGAUACACCAGCAUGGGUCAUCAGUGAGGCAAACAUGAUUUCUCACUUUCGUGGAUGGAGCCAAUUUGUCGCAUUAUCAACACAGUACAGCAUGGUUGAUCGUUCGUUCGAAUUUGAUUUACAACCUAUGUGCUUGAAGCAUAAAUUAUUAUUUCAAAAAUUUAUUUCCAUCAACUCAUCAAAACUAUUCACAAAUUUUAAACUUGUAUCCAUUUUAAAAUAUAGUUUCUUAUCUAACCGAUAUACCAAAGAUUUUCUUGCUUCUGAUUUCGACUUUCCUGUAAAAAAGGUCGUUUCAGAGUUUGCUAAGAAAGAAAAAAAUUGGAAAAUUCUUGAGGAAGUUGUUCAGGUUGCCAACGAAAUUGAAAGAACACCUUCAGAGGUUGCAAUCAAUUGGACUCUUCAACAGCCUGGAGUCACAUCUGUAGUUGCAGCUGCAAGAAACUUAGAUAUUUUGGAAGAGAAUAUAAGAGCAUUAGAAUUUAAACUUACUCCCAAACAACUUUCUGCCCUAAAUGAUGCCUCUUUACCAAGCGAGAUUCCAUUCACACAAAUUCCAAAACCUAAUCCAAUGUACUAUGCUUCCAAACCUACUGUGGAAUAUAUCUCGUCUUUGAAAACACUUGAUAAAUCUAAAACUACUGAUAUUGAGUAG